GCCUACCUCCUACCUUUCAUCCAUUAGUUCAAUCUCCUCACAGUCUACGGUGACUGUUCGUUAUUUGUUUUGGUUUCUGCUUUUUUUCAUCGGAAAUCAAAGUUUUGCUUUGUUUUUUUUAAUCGACAAGGCUACUUCAGUCUCCAGUAAAUACUUGCUGAUUAGGCGGUUCUUCCAACAGAAGGUGUUGCUGUCAUCAUAAUCUCUUUUCUUCGGUGGGAUUAUAAUGAAUAUGGCACAGGGUAACCUUUGAAGAGCUGCUCCUGGCAUCUUGUUUUUAUUGUGGCGCUUAUUUGGUGAACUGCCACCCGCCAAAAUGCUGAACCAGAGUGCUGUGAUGCUCUUCACUGGGAUUUGUGGGGCACUGGUGCUCAUGGCGAUGGCCUACUAUGUCUACUGGACUGUAGUAUUGGCUGAAGGACCGUGCAAACGAGGGCUGUAAAAGCAUACCACAGUGGUUGGUGAUCGUGUGUAAAGAGGAGCUUAUUUUAGCUCCCCGGGUUUCUCAAGCAUGGCUCUCCUGGCCUACCUCAAAAGCCUGUUCAUCCUUCAAUUGUUGAUGGGCUUUGUAUUUGUGGUGAGCGGCCUCAUCAUAAACUUCAUCCAACUGUGCACAUGCGUCAUCUGGCCAUUCAACAAGCAGCUCUAUCGCAGAAUCAACUGCCGACUCUCGUAUUCGCUAUGGAGUCAGCUAGUGAUGCUGCUGGAGUGGUGGUCCGGCACAGACUGCACCCUGUACACGGACCAAGCUACGGUGGACAAAUUUGGCAAAGAACACGUCAUCAUUAUUCUCAACCACAACUAUGAAAUCGACUUUCUGUGUGGCUGGACCAUGUGUGAAAGAUACGGCGUUCUUGGGAGUUCAAAGGUCCUAGCCAAACAUGAGCUGCUGAAGGUUCCUCUAAUUGGUUGGACCUGGUACUUCUUAGAAAUAGUUUUUUGCAAGAGAAAGUGGGAGGAGGACCGCAAAACUGUUUUCAGUGGACUUAACAGGCUUAAAGACUAUCCUGAAAAAAUGUGGUUUCUACUAUAUUGUGAAGGCACACGCUUUACAGAGAAGAAGCACCAGAUAAGCAUGCAGGUCGCAGAGAGUAAAGGCCUGCCAAAGCUCAAAUAUCACCUCCUGCCACGUACAAAGGGAUUCACCACUACGCUGAAGUGUCUCAAGGGCACAGUGACCGCCGUUUAUGACGUGACAUUAAACUUCAAAGACAACCAGACACCGACUCUCCUGGGCAUCGUCAACGGAAAGAAGUACAAAGCUGAUAUGAGCGUAAGACGCUUUCCAGUGGAGGAAAUUCCAGACGAUGAAGCUGAGUGUGCUAAUUGGCUUCAUAAACUCUAUCAAGAGAAGGAUGCUUUACAAGAGAUGUACAGCAGGGAAGGCAAGUUCCCAGGACCCACAAUAAUCCCUCCUCGCCGUCCAUGGACGCUGCUCAACUUCCUGUUUUGGGCCAUGCUGCUACUAUCGCCACUCAUCAACUUUGCGUACGGGGUGGCGGUCAGCGGCUCUCCACUUCUUAUCAUCGGCUUUAUCAUCUUCCUCAUUAUAGCCUCCAUCGUGAUUCGCCGCCUAAUAGGCGUCACCGAAGUCAAGAAGACGGGCUCUAGUUACGGUGACCAGGAGACCAAGAAACAAAACUAGAAGCACGCCUCCCCGGACCGACUCCACGCUCCUCCUUCCGUCCAAUCGGUCGCCAGGUCGGGGAGGAGACCCGGCCGGCUUCGAAACCACAACAGAGAGCAGACUUGUAGAAAUACUAAUGAGUAAAGAGCACUGGAGGUCCACAAGACAUGACGGGCAGGGGGGGACGCUCUACUGCAUCUUAAACCAACUAGUGACCCACUUUCCGCAGCCAAGGCCCGUUAAUCCCAGCAAUCUUAAACCUCUCACCUCCUAACCUACCUGCGGUCACUUGGAAAACAGCAGACUUAGCCCGCGUCCCGCUUUACACUACGUCCCCUCCAAACCCGCUUCCUGCCUGUCGCCAUGCAAUUAGGGAGCGGUGACGUAGUACUGGUCAGAACAGGGCCUUCCAUCCACACCUUUUACUCACCUGCUUUGCUAAUUUUUAAAUCCACAUUUCAAUAUACCAUGGAAACUUGAGUGUUCACUGUCAGCCAUAAGAACCAAGCGCAAAUGGAACAGUAGGAUGAAGAAGUGUUUAUGGGCUAUUUUGUACCAGGUCAAAAUAUGUAGGUGAGUGUUCAGUUUACCACAAUAAACUAGUUUGUGGAAUAGGGGGCACAUGAUGGCACACUCAAUUACUUACUACCAUUUUGUUUAGUUUGUCUUCUUUUAUAUUAAAGUUCGACAGUUUUUUCACAUAAAUUGACUUUACUUAUGUAGGAUUUCCCCCAGAAAACAGAGAAGCCCACUGGCAGUUUUGGGGGUAAAAAAAAAAAAAAAAAAAAAAAAACAUGAAUACAGAUGAAAAAUAUUAAGUCGAUAUGAAUUUUGAAAUUGACUAUAAUGUUGUUAUAAGCCAAUUAUUAACAAUACUCAAAUGAAAAGUCUUGCUAAAAAACUGUUUUGAAAUACAGUUUCAACAAACAAGUUUAAUGCGUUCAGUGCAACGGCACAGGCUUGUCCACAUUUUGACCGUAAGAUGUCACAAGACGUUAAAAUCUGUAUACUUUGUUUUAGGCUGGCGGCCCGCCUGGCUUAUCACCACUUGGGGAAACCUUGUUAUGACUUUAUUACUGCAUUGGCGUUGGACUAAGGUAUUUUGUUUUCAGACUACUGUCACUCAGUCUCAUUUUAUUAGCUUUUGUGAUCAUGCUAACAAUGUUAACAUCCUGCUAGGCGGGGAGCAUUUAAUAAGGGCUGUGCACGUGUGUGCUAUCAUUAAAAUAAGUCACAUAGCACUGGGGAAAAAAUUAAGAGACCUGAAGAAAACCUAUAUACCUUAUUUUUAUUAACUUUUCAUUCCCUGCAAAUACAUGCUUGAAAUUCAUUCACUGCCAUAUACAACGAUAGACGUCAAAUACAUUUCAACUAGGAUGGCUGGCAUUGAAUGAGCGCGUAUUAGUGCCAUUGAUUACAAUAGACGUCAUCCGAGUUCAAAUUGAUUAGAUGUCGAUCACCUUUAAUUGCAGCUAAAUUAUGAAAUAACAUUAAAACCAUUAGAACAGUUGGAAAUUUGCUGAUAUGUCCAGUGUAUUUUUAUAGCAACUCAGGUUUGUCUUCACCACCAAUGUCAGCUAAAGAGUUAAUAACCAGUUUUUAUUUUAGAAUUUGUUAGUUUAUAGAAUAUAAUAUGAACAAUUCUUCAAAAAGAGGCUUCCAGUUGUUUAUUGCUGCUCCCAUUCAACUUAAAUUGAACCAAAUAGAAUUAAAUGUGUUUAUAAAACGACCACAUUACUUUGCCUUAACAAUAGCCUGACAGCUUGUUACAAACAAUAGAAAAAUACAACUAGCAUCUGUGCUACGCCUCCCACUAACGAGCUGAUAGUUUUUUUGCUCAAUCAAGUAGUGCGAUUAAUUUGAAAUAAAAGUACUUUGAAUUCCAAAACAAAUUCAGCCCUAAGAAUUUCGCAACGAUCUCUUCAUUUUUUUCCCAUCCAAGGGCUUCACUUCUUAUCCUCCCCAACACAUUCAAACAUAUGACUUGUCUUUUUAUUUACCCCUCAAACCAGAGGUCUGCAACCCUGGUCCUCGAGAGCCGCUAUCAAGCUUGUUUUCCAUGUCUCCCUCCUUUAACACACCUGAAUCAAAUAAUCAGGAUUGUUAUCAGGCUCCUGCAGAGCAUGCUGAUGAGCUGAAAAUUUGAUUCAGGUGUGUUAAAGGAUGGAGACAUGGAAAACAAGCUGGAUAGCGACUCUCGAGGACCAGGGUUGCGGACCCCUGUCUCAAACACUGCAGUUUGUCAAAUGGCAGCCAUGACAGGUGAAGUUGGGGGAUGUGCUACAAGAUUCCACUCUAAAGGUCACCAGCUGUCACUGCGCAGCUGUUGACAUAAUAUUCAAGUGGCCACAUAUAUACUGCAAUAGUGAUAAAUGAACCUUUGCCUUAAAUCAUGCUUGCUCAGGCAAGGGGCCAGCGUCCUCCCUCUCGACGACUACUUGCGACCAUGUCAAAAAUGACAUCACUGAAGAAAAUCACGUCUUGCAAACAUUGUCAUGUGCAACAAAAAAUGCAGCUAAAGCAGGGAAAUUAAGGACUGUAACCACAUUGAUCUUAGUUUCCUCUGUCCCUCCUGCACCGCUAGCUAGUAGCGUUCAUGCUAACCAUGCUAACUUUUCUUUUAUUCAGCGUGAUUCUUAUUUUGACAGAGAAAUCUCCACCCAUACAAUUUCAUGCAAGCCUUAAACUAGACAGUGCUGCUUUUGAUUUAUUUUUGUUGAAUAAAAAGCUGACUGAGCCCCCUUUGCUCCACUAAAAUGGAAAAUGCGGAGUAGAAACAGAUGACCGCUCUUGUCUUUUCAGCAGACAGUUGUACUUAUUCAUACUUGUCAAAGCUGGUUAGUGCUUGUGGAAACUGGUAUGCUCACACACUGGCAAACUUGUGACAGUUUAUAUACUCACACUCACUAGUAUACUUUGGUAUACUUGUGAAAAUGUGGCAAUACUGAUAAACUUCCUUUCUUAAAGCGCAGUUCUAUCACAAGAGAAAAAUCACAGGCUCGCAUUGGACACUGAUUGUUUUUAAGCACUCAAAACACAAAUUUGGAUUGUUUUCUUUAAAAUCUUGACAUGCCCAUGUUUUUAUUUUUAAAGAAAUCACGAUAAUCACGUCCAUCUUCACAAGUCAUCCGCUUUUUGUUUCCUAGGCUGUUUUUAUGUUUUGGUAUUUGGGUCCUUCACCAACACCUCCCCACCUGUUAUUAAAAGACUUCAAUCACAAGGAAA